AGACUGUGAGUCCUUGGCUCAUGAUGAUGGUAAAACCCAAAAAUAAAGACUGAUGAGACUGAGAAUCAAUCAGUCACUUGUACAUUUGCACCAUUUGGUGUUAAACUUCUAUUGGGAUUUCCUUGAUUUUUUUUCCUUUUUUUCCUCCCUUUCUCUCUCACACAAUUCAUAUUUGGGUCUUCCUAUUAGGCUAUUUUUAGGCCAUAUGCACCUCUCAUCUCCAACCAAAAGGUUCUCCGAGUUUUUUCCAAAUUUAUAGAGCAUCCCUUUUUACCACACUGCAAAGUCUUGCUUUUUCUUCUUUCGUUUUCAUAUCCACAAUUUGGCAAAUCUUUCAAGAACUCGCUCCACAGGUUGGGAACUACAAUUUUUCCCUUUUGUUUCUCACAAUCAAAACCUUUACAACAUAUCUGGUAGGAACGACUAGAAAGAAAAGAAUUCGAGACCUCAACCCUUAGUGUGUGAGAAUGGUGAGAGGAAAAACUCAGAUGAGGCGUAUAGAAAACGCCACCAGCAGGCAGGUCACCUUUUCCAAGAGAAGAAAUGGGCUGCUGAAAAAAGCUUUUGAGCUUUCAGUUCUUUGUGAUGCUGAGGUUGCACUGAUUAUCUUUUCUCCCAGAGGCAAACUCUAUGAAUUUUCCAGUUCAAGCACACGGGAGACAAUAGAACGUUACCAAAGGAAUACUAAAGAUAAUCACACUGAAAACCCUUCGGAUGAACAAAAUAUGCAGCAGUUAAAGCAAGAGACAGCAAGUAUGAAGAAGAAGAUAGAGCUUCUUGAAAUCUCUAGACGGAGACUUUUGGGGGAAGGUUUGGGAUCAUGUUCUAUUCAAGAACUACAACAGCUAGAACAGCAGUUGGAGCGAACGGUCGGUAUCAUUCGUGCAAGAAAGAUGCAAGUUUUCAGGCAGCAAAUUGAGGACUUGAAAGAAAAGGGAAAAGUCCUAGCAGUUGAAAAUGCAUUGCUGUGUAAGAAGGUGAAUCUCACCAUUUUCUGUUUUGGACUUGAACCACCACAAGGAUCAAAUGAAGAGAAAGCAACUGCAGCAUGUACAGAGAAUAGUGAAGUUUCAGAUGUUGAGACUGAAUUGUUCAUUGGACCUCCAGAAACCAGAAAUAAGCGUAAUUCUCUACAGAAAUGAUAAGACGAUUCAAAUGUUAAAAAGUAAAUUUUUACGAAUCGAUAGAAACGAUCGCUUGUUUGAUAAGAUGGGUUAUUGAGCACGAGAUGGUAUUAGAGGAAGGGGGGGAAAAUGAAGUGAAGUUGAUAUCUCAAGCAGUACUCAGUACCAUGCAUGUCUUUACAAUCUUUGUAAGUAAUUUCUAUUUUUAUUUCGCAUUGGAACAAUACUUGUACUAAAUAUUGCUGAACUUCCAAAAAAUUUUAUCUUAUGAGAGUAUCUCAUAAUUUCAAGUUGUCAUUUAGAUA